AUGAAUCUGCUGGGAGCCAACGAGAAGAGGAACUCCACAGGAAGUGACACGAUCAAAUCCGAUGCCACUGUCACCCCUUCUAUCUUGAAAUACAUUCCCGCUCUUGCCAAACAGACCACUCUGGCCUCCCCAAAGCCAAAUGUAGCAGACCAAACAACUCCCACCCCCCUGAUGGUCAGGCAGAAACCUGUGGUGGUCAACGGGACAAAGACCACGAAGGGAGUUCAGUCGACGCACACACCUUCAAGUGAGGCCGUCACAGAGAAGCCCGGCCUUAUAAUAACUAAACCAGCCAGCAAGGACAGGUCGACGACCUCAGUCAAUCAGACCUCAACCAGUAAUGUGAGGUCUGCCAAAGCCAUCAAAACGCCCGCGGUGACCAGUGGGCCGAAGGACGCCGGGACCAGCGAGAAGUGUGACGGCGUCCACACCACGGAGCAGGAGGUGAAGCUGAAGCCUGGCUCUCCCCUGGUGGUGACCCAUAAGAUCAGCCUUGUGCCUGCAGGCUGCUCCGAGAGCUGCCAGGCUGAGAUGGAGGCUCUGAGGAUACGUGUAGAGCGACUGGAGAAGGAGAUGACCGCUCUGAAAGGUCAACAAGGGGACAAAGGGAAGGUCAAGACGAACGUAGAGAUGGUGAAGAUACCCCAGGACAAGAACACAAAGGCAGAGCAAACGCUUUCUCAGAAAAAAGAGCAGACUCUAACUCUGGCCAAACCUGGGAAGUCUUCUACAACCAACGCUACACUGAGCGCCAAAGACAAGCCCACGCCCACAGCCAACCAUACAGCGGUGAUCAAGUCACACGGGGAUGGAAAGGCUGCCAAAACUCAGACAAGCAAGGUUGGCUCCGGGAAAGCAAAAGGUACACAGAAGAGCCAGACUUCAGUGAACGUGACCAGUGUAGAACAUGGAGAGGCGUCCGCUAAGGAGACGCUCGUCCAGGUAACCGGGGAUACGGCAACACAACAGCACACAAGCAGGAAAUCCGGAGGGGGUCUGGGUUCUGUGAAGGUCUCCAACGUGUCCUCGUACAGCUUCACCCUCACAUGGUCGGCUCCAGCAGGGAUGUUCAAGAACUUUACUGUGAUCAGGAGAGAGCAGAGGAUGGAGGCUGAGGGAACAGUAGACGAAGAGGCAGCGGACGGACAACCGGGCAUUGACGACAUGGCAACCACCGUCUCAAAGAACACGACGGCAGGGCAGGCGCUGAAGGAAAACGCGGACGCAACGGCUUCUUCGGCUAAAGCCACCGGCUCCAGAGGAAAAGCAGAGGAGCAGAGAAUCUCCCUGGUUCUUCCUGGGAAUGUACGUGCGGUGGACUUCGACCACCUCCAGGCAAACACACGCUACCUCCUGCAGAUAUUCGGCACAGCCUCUGGGAGAAGGUCCAAGAUCCACAGGACAUCCAUUACUACAGGGCCUGAGCCGCCGACGGAGAUGGUGUUCAGCAACGUGACCGAGUCGUCUGUCACGGUCUCCUGGUCUAAACCCAAGAGCGCCUUCACCGGCUUCAGGGUCACAUACACCAACUCCAUUACAGGCGAGAGCAGCUUUGAGGCGGUGGAGUUCCAGCAUUCCCAUGUUGUCCUGUCCCAUUUGGGUGCCGGGUCCUCCUACAUCAUCGCCGUGACAACCAGCCAAGGACACUCCCAGAGUGAUGCCCUCACAUCCCACAUCACCACUGUGCCCGCCCCUCCGUUGCAGUUCAGAGUGGUGGAUGUGACGGACACCAGAGCUCUGCUACGGUGGACGCCGAGCCCGGGGAGAGUGGAUCGCUUCAUCAUCAGCUACGAGUCGGCCAAGAUCCCUAACGUGACGGUGACGGUGAUGGUGUCGGGCCGGGCCGUGGAGCACCAGCUGAGGGCUCUGCAGAGGGGGACGGUGUACAGGGUGAAGGCUCUGAGCCAGAAGAACAGCUUCCAGAGCCAAGCCGUUUCCACCACCUUCACCACCGCCAGCACGGUGAAGCCCAGCGCGUUAGGCCCGCGUUCUGCUGUCAUCACGUGGAAAACUUCCAGCAUCUCCUACCAACGUUACAGGAUAACCUACCAUGUAGUAGGAGAGGAGAGCAAGGAGGUGAUCUUGGACCCUACCGUCACAGAGUACCGGCUCACUAGGCUGCAGCCCGCGAGCCGCUACGUGGUCUUGGUUCAGGGGGAGAGGGACGGCCUCUACACCUCCGUUGUGACCUCAGAGUUUGUAACAGGGACGCUGCGGUACCCGUCUCCGGCGGACUGCUCCGAGGAGCUGCAGAACGGGGCGCGGCCGUCGGGCGAGGCGGACAUAUACCCCCUGGGGAGGGAGGGCGGAGCCCAGCGGGUCUACUGCGACAUGGAGACCGACGGCGGCGGCUGGACGGUGUUCCAGAGGAGGAUGAACGGGAACACUGACUUCUACAGGAGCUGGAGCGAGUACAGAGUGGGCUUUGGGAACGUCAGCCAGGAGUUCUGGCUCGGUAACGAGCUCCUGCACCACCUGACCCAGGCGGGCUCCAUGGCCAUGAGGGUGGAGCUGCGGGCAGAGAACGAGACGGCCUACGCCCACUACUCCACCUUCAGCGUGGCCUCGGAGGAGAACCAUUACAGCCUCCAGCUGUCGGGGUUCACCGGCACCGCAGGGGACUCCAUGAAGUACCACAACGGCCGGCCGUUCUCCACCCACGACCAGGACCCCGACCCCCUGGGGAUCCACUGCGCCCGGGCCUACAUGGGGGGCUGGUGGUACAAGAACUGCUACAAGACCAACCUGAACGGGCUCUACGGCGUCAGCUCCAACAACCAGGGCGUGGUGUGGAUCGACUGGAAGGGUAAAGACUCUUCUCUACCUUCCACUGAGAUGAAGAUCCGACCGGCCGCCUUCUCCCCGUCCACUGCCCAAGGCUGA